AUGCACCUCUACAACGCGUGGCUGCCGCCACCGGUGGCCACCGCGGCGCGUAGGGAGGCAGCUGCGUUUGCGGGCGCUGUGCGGACCGCCGCGGGCGCGUGGCUGCCCGGGGACCCCGACUCCGCCUACGCCACACUCAAGUGGAUCUCCGUGUUCGACCUUUUUAUUAAGGCGAAGAGUGACAUUGCUCCUGAGGAUGUACAGGCUCUUGUAAAGCUUGGACUGGAGAUAUUUCAUGCAUCGCAUAACAAGUUUGUUGUCCAGAUUAAGUGGGGAGGUCUGCUCAUCAGGCUUCUAAGAAAGCAUGGGAAGAGGCUUUCACUUGAUGUGCAAUGGAGACCACUUUAUGAUACGUUGAUAAGGACUCAUUUCAAGAGAAACAUGGGACCUGAGGGUUGGAAAGUAAGGAAGCAACACUUUGAGACUGUCACCUCUUUAGUGCGUGCAUCCAGGAAUUUCUUUCCUGAAGGUGUGGCUGCUGAAAUUUGGUCAGAAUUCAGGCCCUUGCUGGAAAAUCCAUGGCAUAACUCAGCGUUUGAAGGUGUUGGAUUUCUCAGGCUGUUCCUUCCAGCGAACUCGAGGAAUCAGGAUCACUUUACAAUUGAUUGGAUUAAAAAUUGUCUUGACAUAUGGGAUUCUGUCACAAAUUGUAACUUCUGGGACAUCCAAUGGGCUUCCAUCAUAGCACGCUGUAUAAAAAAUUCCAGAUCGGUGAACUGGGAUGCUUUUCUGCCCUUGUUAUUCACAAGAUACUUGAACAUGUUUGAGGUUCCUAUAUCAAGUGGGAAUGGUUCAUACCCCUUUCCAGUGGAGGUUCCUGGGAACACAAGAUUUUUAUUUUCCAGUAAGACCAGAACACUUUCCAAGGCAAUUGCAAAGUCUGUCGUAUACCUUUUGAAGCCUAAAAGUUUAGCAUUUGAGUAUUUUGAGAAGCUCAUUAAUUUUUUGGAACAGUUCUAUCAUCCGUCAAAUGGAGGUCGUUGGACCUACUCAUUGGAACGUUUCCUGCGUUAUCUUGUUGUUUACUUUGAGGAACGCCUUCAACAUGAACAAUUUGGUAUGGCAGUUGAGGACCAUGAUCAAUCUUAUCUGGGAAAGGAAGAAAGGUCUGUUUUUGUCAAAGCUAUCUUGAAAUUACUGGAUCGUGGUCAGUACAGCAAGGAUAGUUCUCUUGCUGAAACAGUUUCCGUUGCAACUUCGGUCCUGUCUUAUAUUGAACCAACCCUCGUGCUUCCGUUUGUUGCAAAAAACUUCCAACUAGCCUUAGAGACAACUACAGCUACCCAUCAGUUAAAGAACGCUGUCACAUCUGUUGCAUAUUCUGGACGUGCUCUUCUUCUAUGUUCUUUAUGUUCAUCUCAGUCUGAUGAUAGCAGUGUUGUUGAUUCAUUCAGUGAUCUUGUUGUCGCUUCCCUUUCAAAUGCAUUGCUUGGCAUGGAUGCCAAUGAUCCACCUAAAACGAUUGCUACAAUGCAGUUAAUUGGUUCUAUAUUUUCAAAUCUAGCUGUAGUUGGUGUUAGUGAUGACGUGCCUAUAUUCCUCCAAUCUACUACUCUAUCGAACUGGCUAGAUGAAUUCUUUUCCCGGCUGUUUUCUGUGCUUCAGAAUCUGGAAUCAAGUAGUCCCAUUAAUGAGGGUUACCAAAGCUCAUUCAUGUCAGGGACUUUUCUUGUUGAGGACAGCCCAUAUUACUUUUGCAUGCUUGAAAUUCUUCUAGGGAAGUUAUCAAAAUCCUUAUUUAAUCAGUCCCUGAAGAGAAUUGCCAAGUUCGUUAAUGCAAAUAUCCUCCCUGGUGCUACUUCAGAAGUUGGGCUUCUUUGUUGUGCCUGUGUUCAUUCAUAUCCUGAGGAGGCUUCAGUCUACCUUGUAAAACCAAUCUUAGAGACUAUCAUGUCAUCCUUUGAGGGGACUCCAACGACUGGUUAUGUAGGAAGAGUAGUUGCAGACAAAGCAUCUACAAAGGCUGCACUUUCUCCUGCCCUGGAAACAGCAAUAGAUUACUAUCUGAGGGUUUUGGCCAUAUCCAUCAGUUAUGCAGGUCCUGUGUUACUCAGUUAUAAGGAAGAGCUAAAUCACAUAAUAACAUCUGCGUUCCAGGUCCCUUCAUGGAAGGUUAAUGGAGCUGGGGAUCAUCUCCUUCGCUCUCUGCUAGGAAAUCUGGUUUCUUAUUACCCAAUUGAUCAGUACAAGCAUGUUUACGUCAUGCCAUUCAAUUGUCAGCCUAUUGGAAAUAUUAUUGAACCAUGGGGAUGUUCGAAAGCUCAUCAGGAUAGGGAGGCUGAGAUACUUAAUUUCCCUCCAAAGUGGCAUGAUCCCAGUCAUGAUGAACUAUCUUUUGCAAAUGAAUUACUACAAUUUCAUUUUCAGUCAGCUUUAGAAGAUCUUUUGACUAUUUGUCAGACAAAAGUUCAUUCUGAGACAGCAGGAGAUGAGAAGGAGCACCUAAAAAUAACCCUAUUACGCAUUCAUUCUGCAUUGCAUGGUGUAAUGUCUUGCUUGCCAGAAAUUCGCCCAUCAUAUAAAGAUGGGAGGUUCCUGGAAGUGGAGUCCACAUUCUUCAUAGCAGGAUCUGCUGGUAGCACUGUUGGAAGCUCAGAAAUGCGUGAAAAGGCUGCAGAAUUUGUGCACAUAGCUUGCAGGUACUUAUUAAAGGAAAGAACUGAUGACAGUAUUCUUCUAGCACUUGUCGUGCGUGUCAUUGAUGCUUUGGUAAACUAUGGCAGCUUGGAAUAUCAAGAAUGGUCAAGCCAUGUUCAAGCUUGGAAACUAGAAUCUGCUUCCAUAAUGGAGCCUCCAUGCAACUUCAUUGUUCCAUUUCAUGCUCAAGGAAAAAAGAGACCUAGAUGGGCACUUGUUGACAAAGCAAACUUGCAUAGUACAUGGAGGUGUUCACAAUCAUCAUAUCACAGAUACAGAAUGAAUGCAGAUGUUUCUCCAUCUGUCCUCAUGAUUAAUUUGAUGAAUGAUCUCUUAGAUCUCUCACUACACAACUAUGAAACUGUUCGAUCGUAUGCUGGAAGAUCGCUUACAAAAUUGUUGAAGCGCUGGCCUUCUCUAAUUUCUGACUGUGUUCUCACACUUGCGGGAAAUUUGCGUGACCCAAAAGCUCCUGAACAUGUGGUUCUUGGUUCUUGCAGCAUUUUGAUCUCACAGACUGUUUUAAGACAUUUGACCACUGAUUCUGUUUCCCUCUCUUCCUUUAUCAUGGGAAUUCUGGAAAGCUCUCAUCAUGAAUCAUUGAAGUGUCAGAAAGCUAUUACUGAGCUCUUUGUAAUGUAUAAUAUACGUUUCUCUGGAAUAUCAAGGAGCUUCUUUAAAAAUCCUGAAAAUCAAGCUGACAAGCCAGGAUUUCUCAGUCUAAUUUCUCAAAUUAAUGCUUUGGGCUUUGAGACUAAUGGACUACAUUGGAGGUACAAUUUGAUGGCCAACAGAGUACUCCUAUUGCUAAUUUUGGCAUCCAGAAGUGAAUCUGGCAUAUAUUCGCAAAUGCUUGCAAAAAUUGCUGGUCAUUUCUUAAGAAAUUUAAAGAGUCAACUGCCCCACUCGAGAAUGCUUGCUAUAUCUGCUUUGAACACAUUAUUGCAAGGAUCACCUCAUAAGGCAUCUGCAAAAGAUUCAAAGCAAUCAGUAGAUCACCCUGAAGAUUGCAAUAUUUCAUCAACAGAAGAGAUUUUGAAUGAGAUAAUCCGAGAGGAAGGAUUCAUGAAUGAGACCCUGAACAGUUUAUCUCAUGUCCAUAUUAUUUCCGAUAAUGAUGGUUCGUCAAAAGCGAGUUAUGGGGCAUCAUCUUUUCAAAGCGGAUCUGACAAAGCAAUAACUUACUUCUACUUUGAUUUCUCUGCCUCAUGGCCACGUACUCCUAGUUGGAUUUCUUUAGUGAGUGGUCACACAUUCUAUUCCAAUUUUGCUAGGAUAUUCAAAAGGCUUAUACAGCAAUGUGGAAUGCCAGUAAUCUCUUCUCUUCAGACUACACUAGAAGAGUUUUUAAUUUCAAAAGAGAGAUCAAGGCAAUGUGUAGCUGCUGAAGCGAUGGCUGGGAUGCUGCACUCUGAUAUCAUUGGGAAUCUGGAGGGUGAGAACAACUGGUUGAUGGUCCAGCUGCAUAAGAUUAUGUUAGCACCAUCUGUGGAGUCAGCUCCUGAAUGGGCAGCUUGCAUUCGAUAUGCUGUUACAGGAAAAGAAAGAGCUGGAACUCGUGCUCCUGUUCUCAGGCAAAAAGUAUUAGAAUGCUUAUGUAGUCCUCUUCCUCAUUCCAUGGCAACUAGUGUACUUGCGAAGAGAUAUUCUUUUCUGUCUGUUGCUCUAAUAGAAAUUUCUCCACCAAAAAUGUCCCCAGCAGAGAAGCAAUACCAUGUUAAAAUUCUUCAUGAACUACUUGACAGCAUGAACCAUUCAUCUGCUCAGGUAAGAGAAGCAAUUGGUAUUGCCAUGUGUGUUACAACCUCAAAUAUGAGACUUUCUGGGUCAUUUGGCACUGCAUGUUCACCGCAAGACCUUUGUGGGGAUGUAAGCAUGACUGAACAAACAGGAAAUGAAUAUUGGUCUGAACGUUUGACAGAUGGAGCUAAUGAAUUAGCUGUAAGUAUACAAAACAGUACUCAAUCUAAGCAACUGGAGUCAACAUCAGAUUCGGCUGAAGAUAGCAUGGAUGAUAGAGAGCAGGCUGCUGCUAAAAGGAUGGAAACGAUUUUUCAUUUUAUAAUCGCAUCUUUGAAGUCUGGGAGAUCUUCUGUUCUACUGGACAUUAUUAUUGGGCUCGUGUACCCAAUUCUCUCACUACAGGAAACAUCAAAUAAAGAUUUAUCAUUGCUCGCUAAGUCAGCUUUCGAGUUGCUGAAAUGGAGGAUUCUACAUCGGCCUUUUCUUGAAACUGCUAUUACGUCUAUUCUUUCUUCAGUUAGUGAUCCUAACUGGCGGAACAGAUCUGCACUGUUAUCGUAUCUCAGGACCUUUACCUACAGGCACACAUUCAUACUUUCUGGCUCAGAGAAAUCACAAAUCUGGCAAACAAUAGAAAAUUUACUUGUGGACAACCAAGUUGAGGUUAGGGAGCAUGCUGCUGGUGUUCUUGCAAGCUUAAUGAAGGGUAUAGAUGAAGAUCUAUCAAAGGAUUUCCGUGAACGGUCAUAUGCACAAGCUCAGCGUAUUUUUGUUGCACGGAGAAGAAAUUUGAAGUCCUCUGUUGCUACCAUCCAUGGUGCAGUCCUUGCUUUGACAGCUUCAGUCCUUUCUGUUCCAUACGACAUGCCUAGCUGGCUUCCUUCUCAUGUCACGCUACUUGCUCGCUUCAUCCGGGAGCCUUCCCCCAUAAGAUCAACCGUCACGAAAGCUGUUGCAGAAUUUAAGCGCACCCAUGCUGACACAUGGAGCAUCCAUAAGGACGCAUUUACUGAAGACGAACUGGAGGCAAGCUUGAAAUCUUCUCCUUCACUCUCCCUUUCCUACUGCUCUACAGCUUACGCUCUUUGUAAUAGUUCCGCUCUUUGA